AGUUCCUGUAAACUGGUGGAAUUCCCUACCGUUUUUCUAUGUGAAUUUGAGCCUUUAAAGGAAAAAAUCGGUGCUUUCGUUCCCUUUUUAACGGACUAUUUUACAUUUCCAUAUAUAUUCUGGCUUAGAUGUGAGUUUUUAAUUUAAAAAUUUAUAUUCUAUAUUUAGUACAGAAGAAAAAUUGAAAAACGUCUAUGUUGAGCGAUAAAAUAGAAAAUUAUCCGAGCUAACGUUUACAUUAAGCAUGCUUCAAUCAAUAUAGCAUCCGUUAUGAAGUUGUAUAAUAGUAACUUCGAAUUUUCAUUCAGACAUCAUCCAUAAUAUCUUUGUGUCCAAUGUCCUCGAAUGUUGGGAAAAAAUUUGUAACUGAAGAUGAGAUCGAGGAGAAGCGCCACAGAAGACAACAGGAAUGGGAAAAAGUUCGUGGAGCAAAUGACCCCUUAGAAGCUCCGGAAGAGGAUCGACCCUUAUUUGAUCGUCUUUCAGAGCAACGCCAAAAGCAAAAAGAGAGUUGGGAAGAAGAACAACGAGAAAAGAAUCGUGUUAAAGGGCUCGAUGAAGAUGAAGUUCGGUUCCUGGAGCAAGUAGAUGAUCAAAAAGAUGAAAUAGAAAAAAAAAGGAAUCAAGAGUUUUCCAGCAUAAUGCAAGAAAUCGAUGAUUACGUUGUAGUUAAACCUUUAGGCGAAACUAUUGUGAAAAAAAGCCUUCCUAAAGCUGCUCCAGUCAAGAGCCAAGCUUCACUGCUGGCUGGAGCUAUCCGAAGAAAAAGAGAGUCAGAUUCAAAGGAAGUUUUUGUUGCCCCAAAGCAGUUGAAAACUGAAGUAUCAGCCUUGCAACCAGUUGGAAUUUUACCCGGUUUAGGACCUUACUCCAGUUCAGACACUAGUGACUCUGAUUCUGAGCCAGAGCUUUGUCCAUUGUUAACUUCAGGAAAAACAAUUACUGAUUCAGAUAGUUAA